CACAAGCUCACAGCCGGGACGCCAUCUUCUCAGUCUGCGCGGACGGGCCGACAGGGAGGACGUCCUAUUAAUCUGACCUAGAUCCUCACCGGCCGCUGGAACCAUGCUCUCAGUCCGGGUAGCCGCCACCCUCGCCCGCUCCCUGCCCAGGCAGGCCGGUCUGGUCUCUAAGAAGGCCCUUGGUGCUGCAUUCGUCGCCACCCGUAACAUCCAUGCAUCUGGAUCAUGGCUCCAGAAGACCGGCACUGCUGAGGUCUCCUCCAUCCUCGAGGAACGCAUCCUGGGCGCAGACACCAGCGCUGACCUACAGGAAACUGGUCGCGUCCUCUCCAUUGGUGACGGUAUUGCCCGUGUUUACGGCCUCAGGAAUGUCCAGGCCGAGGAGAUGGUGGAGUUCUCCUCUGGACUUAAGGGAAUGUCCUUGAACUUGGAGCCCGACAACGUAGGUGUUGUCGUGUUUGGUAACGACAAACUCAUCAAGGAAGGAGACAUCGUGAAGAGAACUGGAGCCAUUGUGGAUGUCCCAGUCGGUGAAGAGCUGCUUGGCCGUGUUGUGGACGCCCUGGGAAAUGCUAUUGAUGGCAAGGGCCCACUUGGAUCAAAAAUCCGCAGAAGAGUUGGACUGAAGGCCCCUGGCAUCAUCCCACGUAUCUCUGUGCGGGAGCCCAUGCAGACUGGAAUCAAGGCUGUUGACAGUCUGGUGCCCAUUGGCCGUGGACAGCGUGAGCUGAUCAUUGGUGACAGACAGACUGGCAAAACCGCCAUUGCCAUCGAUACCAUUAUCAACCAGAAGAGGUUCAAUGAUGGGACUGAUGAGAAGAAGAAACUGUACUGUAUCUAUGUUGCCAUUGGUCAGAAGAGAUCCACCGUGGCUCAGCUGGUGAAGAGGCUGACGGAUGCAGAUGCCAUGAAGUACACAAUUGUGGUGUCUGCCACCGCAUCUGAUGCUGCUCCCCUGCAGUACUUGGCUCCAUACUCUGGUUGCUCCAUGGGGGAGUAUUUCAGAGACAAUGGAAAACAUGCUCUGAUCAUCUAUGAUGACUUGUCCAAACAGGCUGUGGCCUACCGUCAGAUGUCUCUGCUGCUGCGUCGUCCUCCUGGUCGUGAGGCCUACCCUGGUGAUGUGUUCUACCUUCACUCCCGUCUGCUGGAAAGGGCUGCUAAAAUGAACGACCAGUUUGGUGGUGGAUCCUUGACUGCUCUCCCAGUCAUUGAGACCCAGGCCGGUGAUGUGUCGGCUUACAUCCCAACCAAUGUCAUUUCCAUCACUGAUGGCCAGAUCUUCUUGGAGACUGAAUUGUUUUACAAGGGUAUCCGACCUGCCAUCAAUGUCGGUCUGUCUGUGUCCCGUGUCGGUUCUGCUGCUCAGACCAGAGCCAUGAAGCAGGUGGCCGGUACCAUGAAGCUGGAGUUGGCUCAGUACCGUGAAGUAGCAGCUUUCGCCCAGUUUGGCUCUGAUUUGGAUGCAGUUACCCAACAACUGUUGAACCGUGGUGUCCGUCUGACUGAGCUGCUCAAACAAGGACAGUAUGUGCCCAUGGCCAUCGAAGAACAGGUAACAGUUAUCUAUGCUGGUGUGAGGGGUCAUCUGGACAAAAUGGAACCAAGCAAGAUCACAAAAUUCGAGAGUGCUUUCCUGGCACACGUUAAGAGCCAGCACCAGGAGCUCCUUGCUACCAUCAGGGCUGAUGGAAAGAUCUCUGAGCAGACAGAUGCCAAGCUGAAAGAAGUUGUAAUAAACUUCCUGUCUACUUUUGAGUAAACUUCCACCAUUUUCCGAUUCCAGUCUGUGAAUGUUGGUGUCAAUGCUGUUCCAUUUUCAUUAAACUUAUUAAAGCACUUGUGCUUUUAAUGUACAGAAAUUUCUCAAUUGGAGAGUAAAAUGUUCCAUGAAA